AUGAGCUCCUACGGCAGCAGCUACGGGGGCGCGGGCGCCCGCUACCCGGGGUACCCGCCGGAGCCCGUCCUGGCCGAGAAGAGACGCGCCAGCAGGCGCCUGCUGCACAAGGACGGCAGCUGCAACGUGCACUUCAAGCACAUGCUCGGAGAGUGGGGCAGCUACGUGGUGGACAUUUUCACCACCCUGGUGGACGCCAAGUGGCGCCACAUGUUCGCCAUCUUCUCCUUGUCCUACGUCCUCUCCUGGCUGGUCUUCGGCUCCGUCUUCUGGCUCCUCGCGCUGCAGCACGGCGACCUGCGCGGCGACGCGGACGCGGGCGCGGACGCGGACGCGGACGCCGCGCCCUGCGUGGACAACGUCCGCUCCUUCACGGGCGCGUUCCUGUUCUCGCUGGAGACCCAGACCACCAUCGGCUACGGCCACCGCUGCGUCACGGAGGAGUGCCCGGCGGCCGUGCUGGGGGUCGUCCUGCAGGCCAUCCUCAGCUGCGUGGUCAACACCCUCGUCGUGGGGGCCGCCCUGGCCAAGAUGGCCACCGCCCGGAAGCGGGCGCAGACCAUCCGCUUCAGCGCCUGCGCGCUCGUGGGCAUGCGCGACGGGAAGCUCUGCCUGCUGUGGCGCCUGGGCGACUUCCGGCCCAACCACGUGGUGGAGGGCACGGUGCGCGCGCAGCUGCUGCGCUACGCGGAGGACGGCCAGGGCCGGGCCACCGUGGCCUUCCGGGACCUCAAGCUGGUCAACGACCAGAUCAUUCUGGUCGCCCCGGUCACCAUCGUCCACGAGAUCGACCCCGAGAGCCCCCUGUACGCCCUCGACCGCAAGGCCGUCGCCAGGGACAACUUUGAGAUCCUGGUGACGUUCCUCUACACCGGGGACUCCACGGGCACGUCGCACCAGUCCAGAAGCUCCUACGUGCCCCGGGAAAUCCUCUGGGGCCACCGGUUCAACGAUGUCCUGGAGGUGAAGCGGGGCGGCUACAAAGUGAACUGCGUGCAGUUCGAGGCGAGUGUCGAGGUCUACGCCCCCUUCUGCAGUGCCAAACAGUUGGACUGGAAGGACCGACAGCUCCAGGGCCUGGCGAAGGCGCCCCCGGGCCGAGGAUCCGGCGCGCCGGACGCCACGGCCAGCGGGAGCUCGCUCAGCGCGGUUGCCAUCGUCAGCAGCCGCGAAAACCCCGAGGAGACCGCCGGUCCUGCCCCACACGCGAGCAAGGAAGCACCGUAUCAGAAAGCUCUGCUGACCUUCAGCAGGGUCUCCGUGGAGUCCCAGAUGUAG